CUCGGGCCUCAGGCUGAGCCGGGUCCGGCGGCAGUGACGGGGUCUCCGCGAUCUGCUCUCCGCCGCCGCCGCCGCCAUGGAGCUGAAGCCGUUCGAGCGGCACCUGGAGUCGGUCAGCUCCGAGUUCGGCUGCAGUGAGUCGGGCUGCGCGGACCCCGAGGCCGGGGACUCGGUUCUGAGUGAGGCCGGGGGCGAGGUUCACUACAUCCCGGUGAAGAUCCUGGGCAGAGGCGCCUUCGGGGAGGCCACAUUGUACCGGCGGACAGAGGACAACUCUCUGGUGGUGUGGAAAGAGAUUGAUCUGGCUCGAUUGUCAGAGAAGGAGCAACGAGACACACAGAACGAGAUCCUCAUCUUAUCAGUGCUUCAACACCACAACAUUAUCGCAUAUUACAACCACUUCCUGGAUGAGAACAAGCUCCUGAUCGAGGUGGAAUACUGCAAUGGGGGGAAUCUGUAUGAUAAGAUCCUCCAACAGAGCGGGAAACUGUUUCCUGAGGAGACUGUCGUGUGGUACUUGUACCAGAUUGUCUCAGCUGUGGCUCAUAUUCAUAGCUAUGGAAUUCUUCACAGGGAUAUAAAGACACUCAACAUCUUCCUCACUAAGUCAGACCUGAUCAAGCUGGGUGAUUAUGGACUGGCCAAGCGUUUAAACUCCCCGCACUCGAUGGCGGAGACUUGUGUCGGCACUCCGUAUUAUAUGUCACCAGAACUCUGCCAAGGAGAGAGGUAUAACUUCAAAUCGGAUAUCUGGGCGGUGGGAUGUGUGCUGUUCGAGCUGCUCACCCUCACACGCACCUUCGAUGCGACGAAUCCACUGAAUCUCUGUGUAAAGAUAGUGAAGGGGACUCGGACGAUGGAGGUGGAUCCCACUGUCUACAGUGAGGACAUGCGCUCCAUAGUCUUGCUGUGUUUGGACAAGGAUCCCAUGAAGAGACCAUCAGCCGAGCAGAUUCUGAACCAGCCAAUCAUCCGACAGCGCCGAGCAUUAAUGGAGGAUCGAGUCACACAGCUCAAUGGAUCAGCCCGAAAAACCAGGCUGAAUAUGCCAGCUGAACCCCCCAUUGCUGUGGUGACCAGUCGGUUCAGUGAUGUUUAUUACUGGGGUGGUGGAAAAGCAACGCCACAGAAACUGGACUUGUUCAAGGGUGGACGGAGCGCACAGCAGGUCUGUGCCAGCAACACGCACUUCGCUGUGGUCUCAGUGGAAAAGGAGCUGUACACCUGGGCGAAUGUCCAGGGUGGGACUAAGAUGGUCGGGCAAUUGGGUCACGGGGAUCGGGCCUCCUAUCGUCAGCCCAAGUGGGUGGAGAAGCUGCAGGGGAAAGCUAUCCACCAAGCUGCCUGUGGAGAUGAAUUUACUGCCUGCAUUACCGACGAGGGCCACCUUUAUGCGUUUGGCUCCGAUUACUAUGGCUGUAUUGGCUGUGAUGGUCAGUAUGGGCAGGAGGUAUUGGAGCCAGUCCUGGUGGAGUUCUCCCUCGAUCAUGCUGUGGAGCAGGUAUCCUGUGGUGAUAAUCAUGUGGUCGCACUAACACGCAACAAAGAGGUCUUCUCAUGGGGUUGUGGAGAACACGGGCGCCUUGGGCUGGAUUCGGAGGAAGAUUACCCAUACCCAGAACGUGUUGAUCUGCCUGUGAGUCUGAGCAUCGUGUCCGUGCAGUGUGGUUCUGAUGGGACUUUCUUCAUGACUCAAAGUGGCAAGGUGUUAGCGUGUGGAAACAACGAGUACAAUAAACUCGGCCUCAACCACUACAUGCGAGGCCUUCGCAACCACCAGAUCAAAGCAGAUCAAGAAGUUCCCUACAUGACCUCACUGACCCUGUCCAAGCAGCUGGCCAUUUACAAAAUCAAAACCAUUUCCUCUGGCAAGACCCACACAGCAGCCAUUGACGAGCGAAGCCGUCUGCUAACGUUUGGCUGUAACAAGUACGGACAGCUUGGAGUAGGAGACUACAAGAAGAGAGAUGGUAUCAAUGUUCUGGUUGGGGCUCUUGGAGGGAAGCAAGUGACUAGAGUGUCAUGUGGAGAUGGAUUCACCAUCGCAUCUACUGAUGAUAACCAGAUCUUUGCCUGGGGUAAUGGUGGGAAUGGCCGCUUGGGAAUGACAGCCACAGAGAAAGGUUUUGGUUCUGAAAUCUGCACCUCCUGGCCUCGGCCGAUUUUCGGUUCCCUUCACAAUGUCUCGGACUUGUCCUGUCAUGGCUGGCACACCAUUCUCAUUGCUGAGAUUGUGCUCGCAUCGAAAACCAUUCGAUCGAACAGCAGUGGCCUGUCUAUUGGAGCUGUUCCACAGAGCUCGACAGUGGAGGACGAUUUCAGAAAUGAGCAGGAUGAUGAUGGACAAAACGGCAUGAAAAGAACAGCAGAGGACAAGCGAGGAAUUGGAACGUUAAAUCCACUCAAGUCUUCCAGUAAUCUAACAGAGAGCUCCUGUCCCGAGUGGCUUUUACAGGAACUGGAGAAUGCUGAGUUUAUCCCCAUCCCAGAAACUCCUGGAGACAAGCUGCUGACCUUUUCCUGUCAGGAAACGAUUCCAUACGAGAAGCUUAAAGAAAUGAAAACUGUAGCGAUUCAACCAGGCGAAUCGGAGGAUAGGAAGCUGCCCACGGUGAAAAGUCCUGACAUGGAGGAUUGUGCCUGCUUUGCUAAGUCACCGUGCCUUUGCAGUUAUGUGCAAGGUGAGUUGAGGAGGCUGCAGGAGAUGCUGACUCAGUGUUUGACUCAACAACAGAGCGAGCAGCAGGAGAGGGAAGUGCUCAGUGCCGUGAUCCAGAGGCUAAGCAAGGAAGUGGAAGCAAUGUCUCGGUUACAAGAAAACCUGACAAAGAAAGAGGAAACGAUUGACUAUUUGGAGAGACAGUUGCAGUUUCAGCUGGAGGAGAAUGGCAGGCUCUGGUCUGCCAUUGAAGAGCUGAAAGGGCGAAGAUUGAAUUCUAAUAGACCGUUCUGAGAGCAGAUUGCAGAAUUAUUUCAGCACCUUGUCUACAGUCAGAGAGUUCAGAAAUUUACUCGGAGCCAGGAACAGAUUCCAACCUGGACAGCAGUCCUACCGCCGCCUCUUCUUCCGGAUCUUUCUGUCAGGUUGAGUAGCGUGUGCGUGGCGGUGCCAGUGAGCACACACAGCUUUCAUCCAUUUCCUCUGGCCUGCACCGAACUGGACAACUGGGAAAGCCCUAUGCAGCUGCCAGUGCCAGAGAACUUGUACUGUGUUCCUGCCCCAUGCAGAAACCGCAGGAAGCAAUGGGCAAAAUAUAGGAACAGUGUUAACUCCAGAACAAUAAUGCUUGAGAAUUGAAGUAUUUGGUGUCACUGAGUGAAGCAGUUUGACAGUGUGAUUAUAAAGGUUGGUUUUGAGAGCAA